AUUGGCUGAGCCGCCCGCGCGGGCGGCUUCUUCUUCCGGCUUCCGAGCCGUGGCGAGCCGGUCUGCGUUUCGAAGGCGCGCCCCGCCGCCGCUCGCCAGUGGGGGGAAGAGCGGCGGCCGCCGGUCCGGAAGUGACGGCAGAGCGGCUGGCGGUGACGCGAUUUUGCCGCGGUUCGCGGGGCGGCUGUGCGCGGAGGAGGGAGGGGAGCCGGCGGUCGGCCGGCCGUUACUGCUGCCCUCGGCGGGCGUUUGAACGGCGGCGCCCAACGGCCGCCCUCGCGCGCGCGGCGCCGCCGCCAUGCCGCCUAAGCCCCCCCGCAGAGGGGGCGCCGCCAGGAGCCAGCGGGACAGCCCGGAGAGCGGCUCCAGCGGCGCCCCGCCGCCCGCCGCCGCCACACCCCGGCUUGAAAUUGGAGAAACUGACUUUGUUGUGCUCUGUGAUGUUCUGAAAGUAUCAGACAAUGUGAAAGAGAAAGCUUGGAAGACAUAUGAGAGCCUAUCAUCUGUAGAUGGAUCCCUAGCUUAUAACAAAAAGAAAAAAGAAACUUGGGGAGUCUGUAUCUUUAUUGCAUCGAUUGACCUGGAUGAGAUGACAUUCACUUUCACAGAGCUUCUGAAGAGUGUAAACAUAAGCGUAUGCACAUUUUUUCAGUUCCUGAAAGAGGUGGAUGUUAACAUGGAUACUGUAAGCACUAAAGUUGAUAGCACUGUAUCAAGGCUGAAGAAGAAAUAUGAUGUAUUACUUGCACUAUAUCACAAGUUUGAAAGGACUUGUGGCCUUAUUUAUGUGGAGCAACCCAGUAGUGAGAUUUCUGCUGAACUCAAAUCUGUAUUAGUCCUAAAAAAUUACUGGAUUACUUUUUUGCUGGCAAAAGGUAAAGUGUUGCAGAUGGAAGAUGACCUGGUGAUUUCUUUCCAGUUGUUGCUAUGUGUCUUAGAUUAUUUUAUCAAACUGUCACCUCCUGCCAUGCUUAAGGAACCAUAUAAAUCUGCUGUGAGUGCAGUGACUGUUAAUGGUUCAACUCGAACUCCAAGAAGAGGUCAGAACAGGAAUACACGUACUGCAAAGCCAAGUGAUACAGAUACAAAAGUUGUUGAAGUCCUUUGUAAAGAGCAUGAUUGUAAUUUAGAUGAGGUCAAGAAUGUGUAUUUCACAAGCUUUAUUCCCUUCUUGAAUUCUAUCAGUGUUGUAGCUUCAAAUGGACUACCAGAGGUUGAGGUCCUCUCAAAGCAGUAUGAAGAGCUCUAUCUUAAAAACAAAGAUAUAGAUGCAAGAUUAUUUCUGGAUCGUGAUGAAACUUUACAGCCUGAUCUCAUAGCAUGCUCACAGUUGGAGAGAACACCACGAAAAAACAGUCCAGAGGAGGAACUUAAUGUUAUACUUCCGCAAACUCCUGUUCGAGCUGCAAUGAAUACUAUUCAGCAAUUAAUGAUGAUUUUAAACUCAGCAACUGAUAAACCAUCAGAUACUCUCGUCUCAUAUUUCAAUAACUGCACAGUGAACCCUAAAGAAAGUAUCCUGAAAAGAGUGGAAAGUCUUGGCCACGUCUUCAAAAAGAAAUUUGCUGAAGCAGUUGGACAGGGAUGUGCUGAAAUUGGCUCACAGAGAUAUAAGCUUGGAGUACGGCUAUAUUACAGAGUAAUGGAGUCCAUGCUAAAGUCGGAAGAAGAACGCCUUUCAGUUCACAAUUUUAGCAAACUUCUGAAUGAUAACAUCUUCCACACAUCCCUUCUGGCAUGCGCUGUUGGGGUUGUCAUGGCUACCUAUGGCAGGAAUGCUUCCCAAAAUGAUGGUACCAGUGCUGAAACAGACUUGUCUUUUCCAUGGAUUCUCAAUGUAUUUGAUUUAAAAGCUUUUGACUUCUACAAGGUGAUUGAAAGCUUUAUUAAAGCAGAGCCAAGCUUAACAAGGGACAUGAUAAAGCAUCUAGAACGCUGUGAACAUCGAAUUAUGGAAUCUCUUGCUUGGCAAUCGGAUUCACCUCUGUUCGAUCUUAUCAAGCAGUCAAAGGAACGAGAAGGCCAAGCUGAUCAGCCUGAGCCUGCUCCCACUCUAAAUUUGCCUCUCCAACAUAACCACACUGCCGCAGACCUGUAUCUUUCUCCUGUGAGAUCUCCGAAGAAGAAAGCAUCUGGCCCUCCUCUAAAUGCUACUUCCACUCCAGAUGCUCAGGCCACUGUGACUUCCCAAACACAGAAACCACAGAAAUCUACCUCCCUCUCACUGUUCUACAAAAAAGUUUAUCGACUGGCCUAUCUUCGAUUGCAUACCCUGUUUUAUCGGCUUCUCUCUGAACAUCCUGACCUGGAACCGCUGAUCUGGACCCUCUUCCAGCAUACGCUGCAAAAUGAAUAUGAGCUUAUGAGAGACAGGCACUUAGACCAGAUCAUGAUGUGUUCCAUGUAUGGCAUAUGCAAAGUAAAGAAUGUAGAUCUUCGAUUUAAAAUAAUAGUUUCAGCCUACAAGGAGCUUCCCAAUACAAAUCAAGAGACUUUCAAACGUGUCCUUAUCAGGGAAGAACAGUACGACUCCAUUAUAGUCUUCUACAAUUUAGUGUUUAUGCAGAAGCUGAAAACGAAUAUUUUGCAGUAUGCCUCCAACAGGCCUCCCACUCUGUCACCUAUCCCACACAUUCCUCGCAGCCCUUACCAGUUUUCCAAUUCUCCUCGACGUGUCCCUGCUGGAAAUAACAUCUACAUCUCACCCUUGAAGAGCCCAUACAAAUUCUCUGAUGGGUUUCAGUCACCCACAAAGAUGACUCCAAGGUCUAGAAUUUUGGUGUCAAUUGGUGAAUCAUUUGGGACUUCUGAAAAGUUUCAAAAAAUAAACCAGAUGGUGUGCAACAGUGACUGUCAGCUGAAGCGCAGCGCAGAAGUAAGCACUGCUCCUAAGCCACUAAAGAGGCUGCGCUUUGAUAUAGAAGGGCAAGAUGAAGCAGAUGGAAGCAAACACCUACCCCAGGAGUCCAAGUUCCAACAAAAGCUUGCAGAAAUGACAUCUACUCGAACACGAAUGCAAAAGCAGAAACUGAAUGAUGGAAAUGAUACCUCAGCCAGUGAAGAAAAGUGAGGUUCUUCUCAGGACCAGGGGCUGUACUGCAGGCCCCUUAGCUUGUUUUUUUUUUUCGAGCCUCCAUUAAUUGAGUUGCCUUUUUAGUUGCUUUUUUUAAUUUCCAACUGCUAGUUGAAAACAUUUGGAUUUUUUAAUUUUUAAUGUUUUUCAUGAUACUUUGCCUUAUGAUGUAACAUGUAUACAAUGUAAGCCACUGAAUUUGUUAAUUUAUAUAUUUUGGGGGGAUUUUAAAAACAAAUUUGGAAAAUGUCUUAGUUUCCUAUUGCAGCAUUGCUGAUAUCAGCCAAUUCAGUCUAUUUGGCUUGAAUUCUUCUGUCUAAAGACAAAAUGUUAGCUAGAAUGAUUUGAAAUGCACUAAUUUUGUUUGUUAGAUUUCAUUUUAAUACUGGAACUUGAUGCAUAAUUUGCAAAUUUUAAGAAUUGGGGGCCAGAUACUGCAAAGAUUUCUGACUCUGUAUAUAAUUACCACAUCAGAUUCUCAUUAACUUAAACUGCACAGCAGUUGUAGAAGUUGCAGGAUUAGGACCUCGCAUUGUAAGUACAACGUGAAAGCAAAAUGAAUUCAUUAUGUAGCCAUACUACCAAAACCAGUAAUCUGUACCUCAGAUACUUGUUUGGUAGUACUCCUUCCCCGAUCCCACCCCUUUGCAAUUUGAGAGGGCAGUUACGCUGUCCAUCAGUUUGAACUUCCCUGAAGAUGAACCACUCAGAGGUUAUGUAAGUCCCAGAAACAGAGGCUUCUUCCCAUAUGCAAAAUACUUGAAGUGCACUUUCUAAUAUUGAAAAAUUUUAUUAAACAAAACCCAGCCCCACUUGGUAUGCAUAAGAUACCAAAAUCCUGAUGACAGAAUGUUCUUCACGUGACUUUGAUUUUAAUCUGACUAUAGCCAAACCAAAUAGAUAGAGAAAAAGGCACAAAACCUGUUUCCUAGAGCAGAAAGCUGAGUGUCUGAAGUUGAGUUACAGGUAAGGGUAGCCUGGUGUCUUAAAGCGCAGUGCGUCUCCCGUUGGUCUCACUGCAGCAUCUGCACAAAAGCCUAACUUCAUGAGCCCACUUUGGGAAAAUGUCUGCUUCGUUUUACCAAAAAGGAACUGUUUAAUAGGCUCCGUGUGAAUUGUCACAACUAAAAACAAACAACAUCCUUUUUUCAUCUAUGAAUUUGUAAGUUACUGAUUCAGAUACUGGAUUUUUUCUUGCAAUGGUAAAGAGAUUGCAAAACAGCCAGUUAAGGAAGCGCGUUUUAUUUCUAGUGGACUAAAACAUAAGUAGAUAAAUGAGGUCCUUUUUUUAAAAUUACCCAUUUUUAUGAAAUUUACUUUUUUCAGCUGCUUAAACUAAAGCAGGUAUAGUAGAAAAGCGUGGUAUUUAUUAUACAAACGUAUUUUAAAACAACGUCAUCUCUGGGUAGCUUAUUCAGAAAUUGCUUAGCUGACCCUAGAAUACUUACAGUAGUACCUUUUGAAGAACAGUUCUUGUGUUGAUCAGAGUCUAAUCCUAGAGCUACUAAAAAUCCUACAAACACCACCCUGGUUUGUCAGUGGAUUUUAAAAUAAAACUGGGUGGGUUUUUUUGGUCUCAAUAUGGCUUCAACUUUCUUCUUGAAAAAAACAUACAGAAGUAUUAGAGUACUUUAUUUUCUCACUUUUUGCAGAGUUUUACCGUCAGAAUAUAUGGUAAACAUCAGGGUACACUGACCUUAAGUUCUGUUACAGCAGUUGAAGUUCUUCCAUGAUCUUACUGAGUCCUUUGGCUAGAGAACUGCAGGGGUAACAUUGCACAGUCCAGUACCUAAACAGAUUUAUUAUUUCCUUACUGUCACAAUGUAUUUUUUGUUCAAACAGACUGAAGGCUUUACAUCAAAUGUAUGAUAAUAUUUUGUACAACUAAUCAGUUUCACUCCUUUCCAGAUAAAUAAAAUAGCUUUUAAAAGA